AUUUUGCUAAUACGUGACUCCUUUGAGAGGCUUCUUUAGAUUUUUUUCAAAGAACAUUCAUUCUGUAACGGAACGAAGCUUAAAAUCAGGGUGCAAGGAUAACCCUCACGAACUCCUUCGAACACUUCAGAGGUAUCUUAUUUCACGUAAAGCGCGCGUGUGAACACGAUUUGUUUUCCACCAAAGCAUGUGUGCAACUGACUAGCCUCCUCACUCAAAGUAGUUCCACAAGCCUUAACUGGAAAAUGGGUGCUAUAGUUUCGCAUCGUAAAGGCCAGAGAAGGAUAUCACGAGUAGAACAAAAAGCAGUAGCGGUUAAUGCAUUCUCGACGCACUCAAAGCAAAAUGAAAAUUCAAAGCAGGAACUCGAAGCUCCUACCCAGCCACCUGCACCAAAGACCAGUUCUGCAACAUCCAGAGGCAGUCCAAACAUCGCGGUGGCAUCUUGGGGUGAAGGGAUUGUGGGAACAUCCUCUCAUUCCUUAAAUGAUAAAGGUGUGAUUACAUCCAGGGGUGUACAGAAUGAGGUCAAGUCUAGUAAGGAGAUGUACCCAUCUCUAAAACCUAAAACACCAGACUCAAACAAAAACACAGAGCUAUACACAGGCUUUGCCACAGUCACACCAAUACCACCCCAAACAGAUAAGGACCUGGCAGCCAUAACUAUACAAAGACAUGUGAGAGGCUACCAGUCCAGCAGGCAACUUGAACAGGAGGAACUUUCAGCAAGAAUUAUUCAACGAGGCUACCGCAAGUACAACACAACAAAAACAGAAAGGAAUGAUCCUCAAAGGUUCGCAGACAUUGCUGAAGAAGAAGGAGAUGAUAGUAGUGAUGCGGAGGAAAAUAAAAAAGAUGAAAGGAGAAAAUCUGAGUAUAGGAAGCCGUGGAAAGAAUCAACAGCUGUUGCUCCAGUUCUAGACAAUAACAUCAAAAUUGGAGAAAAGACAAAAGAGAACUUUAACAUGUACCAGGAAGACAUCACAGAUUUGAAGUGGAAAACAGAACAACAGUUGGAAAUGACAACAAUGGGAGAUGGUUACAUUCCUCCAAGAAUGGUGCUUAUUGCAUCAAAUGUUCCAAGAUCUGAUGUUCUAGAAAAGAUAGUGAAAGAGGACAUUCUCAAGUUAAGUUAUGAUUUUUCCACCACAACACUUCAAGUUUUAUUGGAUAAAAUUAUAUCCAUGCUUGAGGGAUUCCAGAGCAGAAGUAAAGCUAGGUCAAUAGCAUUAGUUUGUCAGGGAGGACCUGGCUUCUUCAAUCCAAUUAAAGGGAAGAUGUUUACAAAAGCUAAAUAUAAACAAGAUGAGGAGAUUAGCAGUUUUUGGAGCAGUCUUGGUACACAUAUGUCAAAACUUGGCCCAGAUCAGACAAAGAUCCACAUCAUUGGCAAUAAUGUGACUGGAAAUAAGAAAGGAGAAAAAUUAUUGAAGUUUCUUUCCAAAGAAAUGCAACCAUCAAAAGUCAAGGUUGAGUCACCAUUAGAAUUUGGACAGGCAGGCAAAGAAAUGCUGGCCCUUUAUUUUGAUCAUGACAAGUACAGAAUAUGGAGAAGCAAAAUGCAUUCCAAAGUUUCAUUUACCCUUUGAAUUUUUAAUCCCUACAAUCACAUAUUUUCUCUCCUUUUGGUCUAAUUUACUACUCAAUUUGAGGUAUCCAGUUCAUACAACACAAUAUUUGUAAUAAGUUAUUAUUUAUGUAUUUCACAUUUAAUUUUUCACUUCAAAAGUGAAAAUAUUACAUUACAUUACACAUACAUGUAUUAGUUAAAGGUUGGUCAAUUCAGUACAUUUGGUUGAUUCCAUCAGUCAUCAUAAAUUAUUAUAUAACUUAAAUGGCACCAAGUCCUACAUCCUAUGAGAGGGAUGUCAAUGUCCUGUUUCAAUGUAAUAUUUUUGUACAUCAAAUUCUAAAUAAAACUAACCCAUUAACCCUUUAGUUCCCACGAUCUGAUCCAUAAUUCCCAGUUCUGGUUGUCUUGCUUUUCUUUGUGAACUGGCCCUGAGAAUUUGGUCAAACAUCAAGAUAAUACCUCACAGGUGAUGAGGUUGUUGUUCCCUUUCCCUAACUAACUCAUUUCAAUUGUAAGGAGAAGAUAGGGGACUUUAAGUAAAAUCCCCAAUUAAAAGUCAUAUAUAUUUAACAAUAAUAUUAUUCGCCUCGGAUUCGGUGAAUAUCGUCGAAUAAUCCCCGAGACGAA